CCUGCGGUUCCGCCCGCCUUCCUGUUAGGGUCCUGGGGCUGCGGUGGGAUGGCGUUGGCUCCUUCUUGGUGGCCGGGGACUGCUCGCAACUUCCUGAGCCCCGCGCGCCCACCUUGGCCACACUCGGAGGGGGUGUUGUCAUCCAGAGAGACACGCGCGUGGCCUCGUACGGUGUCCACGGCGCUGGGCGGGGCAUUGCCCACUGCUCAUUCUUGAAUCUGUGUCACUUGCGGGCUUGUCACCUGGCCUGCAGCUGGGCCCGGCUCGGCACAGUAGCCAGACAGGAGCCUCAGGAUGCUUGCGUUCAUUCCCAGGGUCGUUGGAUCCUGUUUUCAGGAGGUCUCUGGAGAGAACAGGUGACCUUCUGGGCCACUGUUCAGUGGGAUGAGCCGGCGGCCGCCCGGCAUGCUCCCACUGAGUAAUCUUGAUUUGGCUGCCAAACUGUCCCCUCAUUAGUAUGGGGGAGAUAGCACACCAGUGCUCUUGCUGAGUGUUCGUGACUGACAGAAAGCAUCGUGGGCCUGACAGUGGGAGAAAAUGAACUGAUCAGAUGCUGCUGUGACUGUUAACUCUUGAUGGCGUUGUCUCACUGUCACUAUGAACUACAAAAGAACUCUUCAAUUGGGAAGAACUCUGAAAAAAAUGAAGAAAGCCCUCAGAGAUGAGGUUGACUUCUCAUGGCUCAUGGAACUCUGCUGAGUGGAUGGGAGCUUGGUCACUGCAGUUCCUGAGGAUGGCUCUGUGCUCUUUGUCUACCAACAUCAUCCACGAGGUGGAAGAGUCUCUUGAUGAAGAUGAGAAGGAGAUGCUGCUUUUCUUGUGCCGAGAUGCUGCUGAGAACUUGUCUCCAUCUAAUGUUAGGGACUUCCUGGGUAGCUUAAAUGAGAGAGGCCAGCUUUCUGUUGCUGCCUUGGCUGAACUGCUCUAUAGGCUUGGGAGGAUUGACCUACUUGAGAGGAUCUUGAAGACGAACAAAGCAGCCGUGGAGGCCCACCUGCGCAAGUACCCUCCGCUUGUUUCUGACUAUAGGGUAUUGAUGAUGGAGAUUGGUGAGAAUUUGGGUAAAUCUGAAGUGUCCUCAUUAAUUUUCCUUAUAAGAGAUUACACAGGCCGAGGCAAAAAUAAGAGUUUCUUGGAUCUGGUGAUUGAACUGGAGAAGUUGAAACUGAUUGCUUCCGAUCAACUGAAUUUAUUAGAAAAAUGCCUGCAGACCAUUGGCAGAAUAGACCUGAAGACAAAAAUCCAGAAGUACAGGCAGUCUGGUCAAGGAGGAGGAACCAGUUAUAUAAAUUCUCUCCAAGCCUCUCUCACAAAAGUGAGUCUCAAAGAUCCUUCAUAUAUUUCAAGGAUCCAGAAUGGGCGAAGCAGAGAACCGAGAAUUGUGGAACAUCUUGGCAUUCAAAGAGAACCAGUGAAGACAUCCAUUCAGGAAUCAGGAGCUUUUCUGCCUCGGCACAUCCAUGAAGAGAGAUACAGGAUGCAGAGCAAGCCCUUAGGAAUCUGCUUGAUAAUCGAUUGCAUUGGCAAUGACACAGAGAAUCUUGAAGGUACCUUCACUUCCCUGGGCUAUAAUGUCCAGUGCUUCUUGUUUCCUAACACGGAUGAUAUAAUCCAGAUUUUUUGCCGAUUUGCCCAUAUGCCCCAACACCAGGACUAUGACAGCUUUGUAUGUGUCUUGGUGAGCCGAGGAGGCUCCCAAAGCAUGCUUGGCAUGGAUCAGUAUCAUUCAGGAUUUUCCUUGGAUCGGAUCAAGAGGAUGUUUAUGGGAGACAUGUGCCCUUCUCUCAUAGGGAAACCAAAGCUCUUUUUUAUUCAGAACUAUGAGGUGUUAGAGGGCCACCCAGAAGACAGUAGCCUGGAGGUGGAUGGGCCAGCAAUGAAAGAUGUGGACCCCAAGGUCCUGCAGCCUGGGCCCUGCACGGUUCACCCAGAAGCGGACAUCUUCUGGAGCCUGUGCACAGCCGAUGUGUCUCAGCUGGAGCAAUCCUCCAGUUCAUCCUCGGUGUACCUGAAAAACCUCUCCCAGCAGCUAAAGCAAGAAAGAAAACGCCCACUUGUGGAUCUCCAUGUUGAACUCAUGGACAAAGUAUAUGCCUGGAACAGUAGAGUUUCUGCUAAGGAGAAAUACUAUCUCAGUCUGCAGCACACUCUGAGAAAGAAACUCAUCCUGUCUUGUCCUUGAAAACCUGAAGUCUACAGGGUGGCCUGGAGCUUGCAGUUCUCCUGCCUCAGCCCCGUGAGUGCUGGGAUUACUGCAGGCCUAGCCCUACAGUUUCUGGCUUUUGAAGUUGGGCUGAAUACAUUUGCAUUAUGAGAUGGCCAUGGGUCUGUGGAGGCCAGGUUUAGAUCUGAAGACCCCACAGGCUCAAGUAUGUGAAUGGCCAAUGAAGCUGUUUGGGGAGGUUGUGGACUCUUUGGGGCAGGUGGUCUGGCUAGCUGAAGUGGCUUCCUUGGGGGAAGGCCUUGAAGGUUGUACGUUGUACCUGCUUCUGGCUCUGGUCUAAGCCCUCUGCUUCCUGAUACUCCUGUGAACAAGCAUCAACCAUGAACUCUUGUUGCCAAGGACCACGUCAUUCCAGCCCUGUGUCUUCCCCACUAUGAUGGGGCUAAAUUUUCAAAAACUAUGAGCCAAAGCAAAUCUCUCCUCCUUUAAGUGACUUGUGUUGGACAUUUUUUCAUGGUAUUGAGAAGAGUAACUAAUACAUGAUCCUGUACCUUCUUGAAUUUACCUAUCAAGUUAUCUUAAGUUAUUGCAAGAUUUGGUAGUCUAUGAUUCAAGAUUUGAGAUGUGACACUUGAGUGUAACUUUUUUGUUGUUGUUUUUUUUGAGGCAGGGUCUCCCUAUAGCCCCCAGCUGUCCUGGAACUCACCAUGUAGACCAAGUUGGCCUUGAACUCACAGAGAUCCUCCUGCCUCUACCUUCCAAGUCCUGGAAUUAAAGGCGUGCGCUACCACACCUGGCCCUUGAGUGUGACUUUUAAGUAUAUUACCUUAGUUUAUCAUCUAAUUGGAUGUUUCUUUUUAUGUCUGUACUGUUUGUGUUUAAUCAUUUAUUAAAUUAUUAGCUUAUUAAGUUAUUAGAUGUAUCCUUUGCCUCAAGAGCUAUAAAUUUUGGCAUUGUUGACCUUGAACUGAAAUUUGUUUUGAACUUUUGUGACCAACUUUCACAUAUAUUCUUUUUUAAAAAAAUUAUCAUCUGUAUUUAAAAUUUAUGAUAUGAAGCUUUAGAUAGAAAAGUGCUACCAUAGUGAAGCAGAUUAACAUAUCUAUCAUCUUAUUAUAGUCAACUUUUUUGUGGGAAGAGUGGAUAAAAUCUAUUUAUUAAACACUUUUGAAACAAGCCUGGCAUGGUGGUGAAGGCCUGACAUCCCAGUAGUAGGGAGACUGGGGCCAAAAGAUCACAAGUUUGAGCCCCACCUAGCUUUGUAGCAGCUAUGUAAUGAGAUCCUGUCAGAGAGAGAAGGGGGGGGAAGAGAGAGAGAGAGAGAGAGAGAGAGAGAGAGAGAGAGAGAGGUUUUCCUAAUACAAUACAACUUUAACUGCAGUCCUGUUAUGUAUUAGAUCUCUAAAUGUGGUUAUCUUACCCCUAUGUACUCUUGGGUAGUCUAAUCUCUAUUGUAUUUAAAAAUAAAAGGUAAUAAUAUGGCAUCUGA